CAGGAGCGGGCGCGAAAAUUAAAACAAAAUGAAGAUUUUUUCUGAAUCUCAUAAAACGGUGUUUGUUGUGGAUCACUGCCCAUACAUGGCGGAGUCCUGCAGACAGCAUGUGGAGUUCGAUAUGCUGGUGAAGAACAGAACGCAAGGAAUCAUCCCCUUGGCUCCCAUCUCUAAGUCCCUGUGGACUUGCUCAGUAGAGUCUUCCAUGGAAUAUUGUAGGAUAAUGUAUGACAUAUUCCCUUUCAAAAAGCUGGUGAAUUUCAUUGUGAGUGACUCCGGGGCACAUGUUUUAAAUUCUUGGACUCAAGAAGACCAGAACUUACAGGAGCUCAUGGCGGCACUGGCUACUGUGGGCCCCCCUAACCCUCGGGCAGACCCCGAGUGCUGUAGCAUUCUGCAUGGCCUUGUUGCUGCAGUGGAGACCCUGUGCAAAAUUACCGAAUACCAACAUGAGGCUCGCACUUUACUCAUGGAGAAUGCAGAACGAGUGGGGAAUAGAGGACGGAUAAUCUGCAUUACAAAUGCAAAAAGUGAUAGUCAUGUACGGAUGCUUGAAGACUGUGUCCAGGAAACAAUUCAUGAGCACAACAAGCUUGCUGCAAAUUCAGAUCAUCUCAUGCAGAUUCAAAAAUGUGAGUUGGUGUUGAUUCAUACCUACCCAGUUGGUGAAGAUAGCCUUGUGUCUGAUCGUCCUAAAAAAGAACUGUCCCCAGUUUUGACCAGUGAAGUCCACAGUGUCCGAGCUGGGCGGCAUCUGGCUACCAAGUUGAAUGUUCUGGUACAACAGCAUUUUGACUUGGCUUCAACGACUAUCACCAACAUUCCCAUGAAGGAAGAGCAGCACGCCAACACAUCGGCCAACUAUGACGUGGAGCUGCUUCACCACAAAGACGCACACGCGGAUUUCCUCAGAAGCGGUGACACCCACUCAGGCGGCAGCAGUAGAGAAGGCCCAUUUAAAGAGACAGUGACCCUGAAGUGGUGUACACCCAGGACCAACAGCAUCGAGUUACACUAUUGCACUGGAGCGUAUCGAAUUUCACCAGUAGAUGUAAAUAGCAGACCUUCUUCCUGCCUCACUAAUUUUCUCCUCAAUGGUCGCUCUGUGUUGUUGGAACAGCCGAGAAAGUCAGGUUCCAAAGUCAUCAGUCACAUGCUUAGCAGCCAUGGAGGAGAGAUCUUUUUGCAUGUCCUUAGCAGUUCUCGAUCCAUUCUAGAAGAUCCACCUUCCAUCAGUGAAGGCUGUGGAGGAAGAGUUACAGACUACCGGAUUACAGAUUUUGGUGAAUUUAUGAGGGAAAACAGGUUAACUCCUUUUCUAGACCCCAGAUAUAAAAUGGAUGCGAGUCUAGAGAUCCCGCUGGAGCGUGCAAAGGAUCAGUUAGAAAAGCACACGCGCUACUGGCCCAUGAUUAUUUCACAAACCACCAUUUUCAACAUGCAAGCGGUAGUUCCAUUAGCCAGUGUUAUUGUGAAAGAGUCUUUGACAGAAGAAGACGUGUUAAAUUGUCAAAAAACAAUAUAUAACUUGGUUGAUAUGGAAAGGAAAAAUGACCCUCUUCCUAUUUCUACAGUUGGUACCAGAGGAAAGGGCCCUAAAAGAGAUGAACAGUACCGAAUCAUGUGGAAUGAGUUAGAGACACUUGUCAGAGCCCAUGUCAGCAACUCAGAGAAGCAUCAGAGAGUCCUGGAGUGUCUGAUGGCGUGUCGGAGCAAGCCCCCGGAAGAAGAAGAGCGGAAGAAACGAGGGAGGAAGAGGGAGGACAGGGAGGACAAGUCAGAGCAGGCGGUGAAGGAGCACGGGCCAGAGAAGCCCCGGCCAGACUCAGACAGGUUGAAAGGCAUUCUAGAACGAGGGAAAGAAGAGCUGGCUGAGGCAGAGGUUAUAAAGGACUCCCCUGACUCCCCAGAGCCUCCAAACAAAAAGCCCCUUGUUGAAAUGGAGGAGACGCCACACAUGGAAAAGUCUAAAGGGCCAAUGUCCUUAUUGUCCUUGUGGAGUAACAGAAUCAACACUGCCAAUUCCAGAAAGCACCAGGAGUUUGCUGGACGCCUGAACUCUGUCAAUAACAGAGCUGAGUUAUACCAACACCUUAAGGAGGAAAAUGGGGUGGAGACAACAGAAAGUGGAAAAGCCAGCCGUCAGUGAAGAGCGACUGGAGAAACUAAGUUUAGUAUAUUGCAAAAAUAUUUUGGGCAGAAUUUGAUACAAGUACUUUUACAGCAAGAUUGUAUAGCUAUGUUGCCUGGACUUGUUUUUACAUUUUUAAAGAAUUUCAACAAAUUAUCUUUUUUGUACUAAUUCUAAGAUUGGCAGAGUCAAAAUAUAUACAUUUGAGAUUUGUUUGUCCUCCCAAAUCACAGCUUAUUUUAUGGUAAAAGGUGUUCCCUCUGGAAAUGUUUUUUAAGAAAAUUCUUAGGCUCCUCUUUGCCAAAUAAAACUAUUAAAAUGUAUGAAA